UCAUCAGAAUAUGAGGAAACCAAUAUGCCUACUGCUCAUAAUCUUGUCCCUAUCAUCUAUGAUCAGUCCCAAUACAUUCAGCAUUUAGAGGCAGAAGUCAAGUUCUGCAAGGAGGAACUCUCUGGAAUGAAAAAUAGGAUACAGGUCGUUGUGCUUGACAACGAACGGCUCCAAGAAGAGUUGAAAGCUCGAAGGCCAGAGGAAGAGAUGAGGGAGCAAACUCUUCUGGAUGCGUCUGGAAACACGCAGAAUUCUUGGAUUACAAGAGGUGAAGAUUCUGGAGUUCAAGAAGCUGUCAAGAAAUUUUCCCACGGUGAUGCAGACAUUAUGAAGACCUCAUCUGCUGGUGAGGCUGAGAAAUGGAAGCUAGAGCUGGAGAGGCUGAAACUUACUUAUGAGCAAAAGUGUGAAAUCCUGGAAUCUCAAUUGAGGGUUUUGAGGAAAGACUUAGCCGAAUGUCAGAAAAAUUGUGAAGAUCUUAAAGGGCGACUAAAGCACAAAGAGUCUGUUCUUGCUGCCCAGGUUUCUAGCCGCGUCGGUGGCCUUUGUGUGAAGUGCGCUCAGCAUGAAGCUGUUCUUUCUCAGACACACAGUCAUGUCCACAUGCAGACCAUCGAGCGGCUGACGAAGGAGAGAGAUGACUUCAUGUCCGCGCUGGUUUCCGCGAGGAGCAGCUUGGCCGACGUGCAGCAGAGGGAGGCGGGCGCCUUCGAGCAGGUGAAGCGUGCCGUGCAGAUGACGGAGGAGGCCAACCUUGAGAAAACCAAGGCCCUAAUCCAGUGUGAGCAGCUGAGGGGUGAGCUGGAGAGGCAGGCGGAGCGGCUAGAGAAGGAGCUGGCCGCGCAACAGGAGAAGAGGGCCUCCGACAAAGAGCUGAUGAAGAGCGAGCUGACAAAGCAGCGUGAGGACAUGGGAUCCCAGAUGUUGGCUCUGUCUCAGAACAUUGCCCACCUGGAGGCCCAGGUGGAAAAGGCCACGAGGGAGAAGGUUUCCGCUGUGAACCAACUAGAAGAAAUUCAGAACCAGCUUGCUUCCCGGGAAAUGGAAGCCACAAAGGUGUGUGGGGAAAUGCGCUACCAAUUGAAUAAAAUCAAAAUGGAGAAGGAUGAGGCCGAAAAGGAGCACAGAGAGGACAGAGCCAAAGCUAAACGGGAUCUUGACAUGAAAGACCAGGAAAUAGAGAGACUGACGCUGGAGCUGAGGGAGAGCAGGCAGCACGUGGAGCGGGAGCAGCAGAAGGCGGCGGGGGCCAGCGAGGAGCUCCUGACAUUGACAGAGCGGCUGGGCGAGGCCGAGCGCCAGCUGCACCUCACCAGACUGGAAAAAGAGGCCAUUCAGCAGAGCUUCAGCAGCGAGGCAAAGGCCCAAGCCCUUCAGGCCCAGCAAAGGGAGCAGGAGCUGACACAGAAGAUGCAGCAAAUGGAGGCCCAGCAUGACAGGACCGAAAGUGAACAGUAUUCAUUGCUGACCUCCCAGAAUGCAUUUUUGACAAAGUUAAAGGAAGAGUGCUGUACGUUAGCCAAGAAACUGGAACAAAUCUCUCAAAAGAGCAGGUAGGUGAUAUUAUGUAAUACUUUCAGAGCACUGUUUGUUUAAAUUCUGUAAUUUUUCUUUAAAGCACAGCAUUUCCACUAUUUUACAGUCAAAUGUCAAAAUUA